AUGGAAGAGGACGAUCCUGUCGUUCAAGAGAUACCGGUGUACUUGUCUCAGGCAUUAGCUGAUAACUUCUAUAUUUUUCAAUACCCGGUAAGGCCGGCGAAUAGGGAUUGGAAGGAUGUUAAAGUAAGGAACGCGUCAAUUAAGCCUAAGAACCAGAUAGUGAGGCUUGAAGUUGAUCUCGACACCUAUAGUGAUAGAUACUGUCCAUCUAAGGGAGAACAAAUUGCUCUUAACACCGAUGGCCAACAGGAAACCAGCUAUCAUUCCAGAGAUAAAGAAAAAGAGAAAUCCAAAUAUUUUAAAAAUGGUAUCAUGGACAAGAUUGUCUAUGAAAGCAGCGUACCAUGCUUGGAGACACAACAUUAUGCUGUAGCUCUGUUGCAAGAUAAGGAGCUCCACUGUACUCCUGUAAAAGGUAUCAUUCAAUUGCGGCCAUCUUGCAGUUUUUACGAUAAGCAGGAUAAAAAAAAACAUGACAAAUCAAAGACUGAAAAUUCUGAUGAUGAGGAGAAAGAACCAGAAGCAAAGCAGGUUACGGUAAAAUUCGCACGACAAGAAACCGAACUGGCGAAAAAAGCACGUGAAAAGUCAUUUGAAACAAUAUCCCAGCGCAUUGCUGAUGAACCUUGGUAUGAAGGAUUAUGGAAGCCAGCUGACAGUGACUAUGCAGAGUUGGAACGUCUUAAACUGUUCAGCGCCAACACUUCGGAUGGUUCCUGCUUGACCAUGCCACACGGGGAAUACGUGCGAUCACUGGUCCCUCCCCCGCCCCCUGACGAGGCAGACGUACAACCCUCUAAGCAGCUCACUCUUCAAGAGCAGAUCAAGGAGAUACUCAUCAGCGCCAAACUGAUGACGUUCGGCGAGCUGCGCGCUCGUAUCCAGGGCGGCACGUGCGAGGGGGCGCUGCUGAGCGCGCUCGGCGGCGCCGCCUGCUGCGUGCGCGGCCUCUGGGCGCCGCGCUCGGCCGACCUGUACACGCGCCCCGCCCCCGCCCCGCCACACCUCAUGUGCGCGGCGAGGGACCACGUGCUGUACCUGUUCACGCAGCACCCGUACGUGGACCGUCGCAAGGUGGCGGCGGUGGUCCGGCUGCCGGCGGCCGACGUGCUGGAGGUGAUGCGGUCGGUCGCGCGGCAGACGGACCGCGGCUGGGAGCUGCUGCUUCCGCCGGACGUGGGGUUCGAAUCCCGCCACCCGGACGUGGUGCGGCGGCAGAACGCGUACUGGGAGGCGCGUAGGCGGCAGUUCGGAGAGGCGCUGAUGGCGGACGCGCCGCGCCGCCAGCGCAAGAAGUCGCAGCGCGACUCGAUAGGGUCGGACGACGACGAGCGACGCCGCAUGAGGGCGAAGUGCGCGCCCGGCUCGGGCAAGCGGACGAGGAACGCCAGCUCGGGCAGCCAUGACGCCACG